AUGUUUUUGAUAUCCAACUUUUUUAAGGGCUUGUGCGGCGGCACCUACCUGGAACUUGGGGGAUCGGAUGGCGUGACAUUUUCAAACUCGCACCUUUUUGAGUUUGCUUUCGAGUGGAGUGGUGUUCUGAUAGAACCGAAUCCUUCCAGUUUCGAAAAGUUACAGAAGAACAGAUCGAAUAAUCAUUUGCGUCACGCAGCUAUCUGCGAGUCUGCUCAAACCGUUCAUUUUGUCACUGAAGGCCAUGGCGCAGUUUCGGGAAUUUACGAGUUCAUGGCCCCUAGUUUCCGAGAACAGUGGUAUCCGGAUCUCAACAAAUCUUCAGAUUUCACUCGUCCUAAGCACGUCGAUUAA